GAUGACAGCAAAUGACAGAGUCCCGAUUAGCCGCAGCCAGCCAACGUUGGACCGCUAACCGCCAGCAAACUGCUCUUCUGACCCGACAAAUCCCAUGAAUAGCCGCGUUUAGAGACUCUGGGAAGAACUUGCAGGGGCCAGUUACGUUUGCCGUGUCGUUCUCUGUCCGCGUGAGCCCGUGAAGAUGGUGAAGCCAGACAUCCACACUCUGGCCCACCACCUAAAGCAGGAGAGGCUCUACGUGGCGUCGGAGAAGCAGCUCAUCCAGAGGCUCAACAGCGAUGUGCUCAAGACGGCUGAGAGGCUGUACCGGGCCGCCUGGAUCGCCAAGCAGCAGAGGAUCAACCUCGAUCGGCUCAUUCUCACCAGUGUGGAGGCCUCCCCGGCUGAGUGCUGUCAACAUGCCAAGAUGCUGGAAGAUACCCAGUUCAUCGAUGGCUACAAGACUCUGGGCUUCCAGGAGACCAUCUACGGCGAGUUCUUGGCCAGGCUGAGGGAAAACCCCAGGCUUGUCGCAUCGUGCCUCGUGGCAGGAGAACGACUUAACCAGGAGCACACCCAGGGCGUCAUCUACAACGUCUUCACCUCGCUUUAUGGCAACUGCAUCAUGCAGGAGGAUGAGAGCUACCUUCUGCAGGUGUUGAGAUACCUGAUAGAAUUUGAGCUGAAGGAGAGCGACAACCCUCGCCGUCUGCUCCGCCGCGGAACCUGUGCCUUCAGCAUCCUUUUCAAACUCUUCUCCGAGGGCCUGUACUCAGCCAAGCUCUUCCUCACUGCCACGCUCCACGAAGCCAUAAUGCAGCUGCUGGUGGAGGACGAGGACCACCUGGAGACUGACCCGGCCAAGGUGACGGAGCGCCUCACACCGGCCCAGCAGGAACGCUUCGGGGAGAAAGGCUCCGAGGACUACAAGCGGAGAGUGCAGGCGGCUGUGGAGGCCAACGAAGCCAAGCUGGUCGCUCUGGUGAACAAGUUCAUCGGCUACCUGAAGCAGAACACCUAUUGCUUUCCUCACAGCCUGCGCUGGAUCGUGUCCCAGAUGUACAAGACCCUGUCGUGCGUGGAGCGCCUUGAGGUGGGCGAGGUGCGCACCAUGUGUACGGACCUCCUGCUGACCUGCUUCAUUUGCCCGGCUAUAGUCAACCCAGAGCAGUACGGCAUCAUCUCAGAUGCACCCAUCAACGAGGUGGCUCGCUUUAACCUGAUGCAGGUGGGGCAACUUUUGCAGCAGCUGGCCAUGGCCGACGACGAUUCAGACCCCAGGCGGAAAAGCAGUUUGUCUAAGUUUGAUAAGAGUUGUGUCGCUGCUUUUCUGGACGUGGUGAUUGGAGGACGAGCAGUAGAGACCCCGCCCAUGUCCUCCAUGAACCUUCUUGAAGGCCUCAGUAGAACUGCGGUCUAUAUAACUCAUAGUCAGCUGCUUGCACUGGUAGACUUUAUUCGCAGCGUAAUGGCAGGAGACCACCUUCGAGAGGAGGAGCACAUGGCGCUGGAGACCCUGCUGGCCAACGUGCCCCAGUCCCAAACGGUGAAGAGCAACAGUCUGGAGCUGACUCCCUCCAACACGCCUCAGCUUUCCCCAGCUACGACUCCGGCCAACAAGAAGAACAGAUUACCCAUAGGACAACACUUAGCCGCUAUAACAUCCUGGGACCCCUCAACCACCGCUCUGUCCGCUCACAUUCCAUUAGUAACCCCUUUUGAUUUUGGCUACUCGCUACCAGCAGCUGCUCGCAGCCGUAGCCGUACCAACAUAGCCCAGGAGGGGGAGGCAGAGGCCAGCUCCCAGGAGUCCCUGCAAGAGCUGAUGCCAGAGGAGGUGCUAGUAAUUUCGCUCGGAACUGGUCCUCAAACUGUCCCUGGGAUGAUGUCAGAGAAUGAGGUUUUGAACUCGCAGAUGGCUGAUGGGCCCCAGGGGGAUGGCCCUGCUGAUGAUACCAAGCUGCAUGGCAAACCAGACAAAACCCUGCGCUUCUCACUCUGCAGCGACAACCUGGAGGGAAUCUCAGAGGGACCAUCCAAUCGUUCCAACUCUGUGUCCUCUCUGGACCUGGAGGGAGAGUCCGUCUCUGAGUCGGGGGCCGGACCGUCGGGGAGCAAUGGGGUAGAAGCUCUGCAGCUUUUGGAGCACGAACAGGCUACCACACAGGACAACCUGGAUGAUAAACUGCGCAAGUUUGAGAUCAGAGAUAUGAUGGGUCUGACGGAUGACCGGGACAUCUCUGAGACGGUCAGUGAAACCUGGAGCACUGACGUCCUUGGAAGCGACUUUGACCCAAAUAUGGAUGAAGAUCGACUGCAGGAAAUAGCAGGAGCGGCAGCGGAGAACAUGCUCGGCAGCCUGCUGUGCCUUCCUGGCUCCAGUUCAGUUCUGCUGGACCCCUACGGCUCCACCAUCUCGGAGACCACGAGCGAAGCCUGGAGCGUGGAGGUCCUUCCCAGCGACUCAGAAGCCCCAGACCUGAAGCAGGAGGAGCGUCUGCAGGAGCUGGAGAGCUGCUCUGGGGUUGGCAGCACCUCGGAUGACACCGAGGUCAGAGAGGUCAGCUCGAGACCCAGCACACCAGGCCUCAGUGUUGUCUCAGGUAUCAGUGCGACCUCAGAGGACAUCCCAAACAAAAUUGAGGACCUGCGGUCAGAGUGCAGCUCAGAUUUUGGUGGGAAAGACUCUGUGACCAGUCCUGAUGGCGAGGAGUCGGGUCAUGGAGGCCACCAUCUGACGUCUCCGCCUUCACAGGCCGAAUCUUUGCUCGCCAUGUUUGAUCCGCUCUCCUCUGGUGAAGGCUCCUCCACAGGGACAAUAGUUAGACCCAAGGUGCACUACGCCAGGCCCACUCACCCUCCCCCCGAUCCUCCUAUCCCUGAAGCCAGUGCCAUGGGGCAGGAUAUACGGCACACCAUUUGCAUGGCCCAGUGCUUGGCCCAGGCUGAGCUGGAGCAAUCGAAGCAGCGCCACUCCUUCCCCGACAGGCUGGUCCGCAGUCGCAGUUCAGACAUCGUGUGCCCGGGCCGCCGGCCCACAAGCGACCCCGGCCUUAACCGGAGGGUAGCGGUUGAAGAGCGUGACCCUCCCGGGGCCUUCGCCUCAGGACCAUCCUCAUCGCCAAGCAAGGACUCCCUGAAAGGAGAGGUGGAGGACAGAAAAGACAGUGAUGAUGAGAAAUCUGAUCGCAACAGACCCUGGUGGAAGAAACGUUUUGUGUCAGCCAUUCCCAAAGUGCUGUAUUGGACGGCUGAGAGCGAUGUCCCAGCUCCCAUCACAGCGUUCAGGAAGAAGGACAAACAUGACAAGGAAGACGGCGCACAGGAGCGUGGCUCACAAGAUGACCCAACGCCAAGAAACAGCACCCAAACCCAGGCAGCCGAGGACAUCCUGGACAAGUACAGGAACAUCAAGAGGACCAGCCCGAGCGACGGAGCCACCGGAGGAGCCUCUUACGAUGGAUCUGGCGAUCUGUGUGGCGAGGACAAUGUGAAUGAAACUCCCAGAGAAGAUGGCCUGCAAAACAUUUCUGCUGACGAUCUGCCAGACUCAGCCAGCCAGACGGCACACCAGCAUGAUUCCAAAUUUUCUUUUAGUGACGCUAAGAAGAAGCUGCGGUUGGCUUUGUGUUCUGCUGACUCGGUGGCUUUACCCAUCAUGGCACCAACAACCACGCGUAAUGGACUGCCUGAUCACAUGGAUCCUGAAGACAAUGAGAUCGUCUGCUUCCUGAAGGUCCAGCUGGCGGAGGCCAUCAACCUUCAGGAUAAGAACCAGAUGGCCCAGAUUCAGGAGACCACACGCUGCGUCAGCCGUUUUGAUGCGCGCACCAGCAGGAAGCUGCUUGCUGCCAUCGCCGAGGAUUACAGAAAGCGGGCUCCGUACAUAGCCUAUCUGACCAGGUGUCGCCAGGGACUGCAGACGUCUCCCCACUUGGAGAGGCUCCUACAGAGGGUGCUGAGAGACAAGGAGGUGGCAAACCGCAACUUCACAACUGUCUGUGUUCGCCUCCUCCUUGACAAUAUGGACAAGAUGCUGGAGUUCAUUAAAGCUUUCCAGGGGUGCACAGCUGCUGACGACAAGACUGCAGCAGUGGAGGAUUUUCUGCGCUACUUGUACGGUGCUAUGGCCCGUGAUGCCAUUUGGCAAUAUGCAAGCGAGGACCAGCUGCAGGACGCCCAGAUGGCUAUCGAGCGCAGCGUUAUGAACCGCAUCUUCAAACUGGCCUUCUACCCCAAUCAGGACGGAGAUAUUCUCAGAGACCAGCUGUUCCACGAACACAUCCAGCGGCUCACAAAAGUUGUGACAGCAAAUCAUAAAGCUCUGCAGAUCCCAGAGGUCUACCUUAAAGAGGCUCCCUGGCCUUCAGCGCAGGCGGAGAUCAGGACCAUCAAUGCAUACAAGACACCACGAGAUAAAGUCCAGUGCAUCCUGCGCAUGUGCUCCACCAUCAUGAAUCUGCUGAGUCUAGCCAACGAAGACUCGGUGCCAGGAGCCGACGACUUCGUCCCGGUCCUCGUCUUCGUCCUCAUAAGGGCAAACCCGCCCUGCCUGCUGUCCACCGUUCAGUACAUCAAUAAUUUCUACGCCAGCCGGCUGAGUGGGGAGGAGUGCUAUUGGUGGAUGCAGUUCACCGCUGCGGUGGAAUUCAUUAAGACCAUCGACGAUCGCAAGUGAAGCAGAACAGCCACCUGUACGGGCAGACUGCGGGGGAAGGAGCCGGGAGACCGGGAGACUUCCCAACCAACUGCUCCCUCUGCACAGCUCCAGAAAACCUGGCGCUCAGCCCUGCUCCGAAUUUGUAUAGCUUGUACAUAGCCAGAGACGUUGAGAGAUGACAAAAUAUAUAUUACUGUACGUAUGUGGACAAAUCCAGAUUUUAGCCGAGGCGGGGGGAGAAACUGGCAACAGUGUCGUUGAAUCUGAUUUCAAAUAUAAUUUUUUUUUUUCUUGUAUUCUUUUUGGGUUUAUUUUUGAUCUGUUAGGAAUUUUAUGUAUUCACAACUGAUAAUAUGAGGUUAAAUCAAUGUAAAAUAUGAUCUUAUCUAAAGGGACCAGACUUCCUUGGUGAUGAGCGCAGUUUUUUUUUGUUUGUUUUUGUUUGUUUGUUUUUGUUUGUUUUUCAUCCAGAUUUGAGGGAUGGGCGUCCAAAUUAAUUACAGUAAAAUGUUUAUUCAUUGCAUUUUAUUGCAGUCAUUCACAGUUACAGCUGCUGAUGGGAUUUAGUGACGUUCAAACUGAGAUCCAUUCACAUCUAACCAUGCUCUCAUAAGGUAUCCAACAGUUGGGCAGCUUAUUUCAUGAAUAGUUUACUUCACUUUUUGUCCCCCCCCAAACUUUCACUAAUUUCAACAUACGGGGCCUACUUACGUGUAACGAAUUCAAGGUAUUUAUAUGCGUCGCUCUAUUUAAUGCUUUAUCUAACUUUAAGAAAAGAGAAAAUAAUGCAUAUCAUAUCGGAGGGUUCUAAUAAACUUGUUUUAAAAGG